AUGUCCGUCACCGGCAUCACCGCGUCGAAUCCUUAUUCGAACGUCAACGACCUGUUGAGCAAUGUCCGCAACUUCAAGAUCAUCGAGUCAACUCUGAGAGAAGGAGAGCAGUUCGCCAAUGCGUAUUUUUCAAGAGAAAACAAGAUCAAGAUGUAUGUUGAACGCGACAAUGCUCAAUCUCGCGAGGACUGCGAAGCCAUCUGCAAGCUCGGUCUCAAGGCCAAGAUUCUGACCCACACAAGAUGCACCAUGGAGGAUGCCAAGCUUGCCUGUGACUGUGGAGUCGAUGGUGUUGACGUCGUCAUCGGAACAAGUCAAUUUCUCCGAACGCACUCCCUUGGUGGCAGGGACAUGAAGGCCAUUACCAAGCAAGCUCUCGAGGUUAUUGAGUACAUUAAGAGCCGAGGCUGCGAGGUCCGAUUUUCAAGUGAAGACUCUUUCCGAUCCGAUUUGGUCGAUUUACUCUCCAUCUACCGCGCCGCUAGCAAUGCCGGUGUUGGCAGAGUCGGUGUUGCCGACACCGUCGGUUGUGCCUCUCCCAGACAGGUCUACGAUCUUGUGAGAACUCUUCGAGGCUGUGUCAAUACCGAUAUCGAGGUUCACUUCCACGAUGAUACGGGCUGUGCUGUUGCGAACUCAUUUACCGCUCUCGAGGCGGGUGCUACACGUAAGCUCGCCCUGCGAAGUUAUUACCUUGACGAUCACUCCGACCAUUCGACAUACAUCUUUCAGACGGAUCAUAGAUCCGACGACCAGUAUUCUCUACAAAAAUAUGCAUUCAGGCUGACUUUUUGCGGUAUAGACAUUGACACAUCUGUGCUCGGAAUUGGUGAAAGAAAUGGCAUCUGCCCUCUUGGAGCUCUUAUGGCCAGAAUGAUGCCCACUAGCAGAGAUUAUAUUCUUUCCAAGUACAAGGUUCACCAACUCAAGGCUAUCGAAGACUUUGUCGCCGAGACAGUCGAGAUCAACGUGCCUUUCAACAAUCCCAUUACUGGAUUCUGCGCCUUCACACACAAGGCUGGUAUCCACGCCAAGGCAAUCCUCAACGACCCCUCCACCUACGAGAUCCUUAAGCCAGAAGACUUCGGUCUCUCAAGGCAACUAUACAGAUAUGUGCACUUCACAUCCAGACUUACUGGAUGGAAUGCCAUUAAGAGCAGAGUUGACCAGCUUGGUCUCAAGAUGACUGACGACCAGAUCAAGGAAGUUACGGCCAAGAUCAAGCAGAUGGCAGACCUCAAGGUCAUGACCCUCGACGAGAGUGAUGCCCUGAUUAGAUCCUUCCAUCUUGAGUUAACACAAGCGGAAGCUAAUUAG